UUGUUUCCCAAGACUUCUUGAUCCUCCGGAGUUCGGCCGUGCCAUGCAUCGUGUCAAUGACGUCUUCAGCGGAAGGGCAGCGCAACAGGUACGUAAUUAAUCCGACAUUAACAAUGCUAGAAUGCGUAUAUUUCACCCAAAUCUAGGAUCUGCCUAAAAUAACCUCACAGUGCACCGGGGCGAUGGAGAGGGAGCGCUACGAGGGAGCUGGUGGGGAGUCACUCUCUCCAGAUAGUAGCGCUAAGAAACAGUCGUCCACAAGAUCCACAGAAGACUCCUCGGCUAACCUGGCCGACACUGAGGAGUCCUCCGGGCAUGAGUCUGCCAGUCUCACAACAGACCAGGAACAAGAGGGGAGCAGUCGCCUCGAAGAAGAUGAGAGACAGGCAAUCAAUCGACCCGAAGCAGAAUCCAACGGCCCAAAGUCCUCCACCCCAAUACAAUGGGAUGGCCCAGAUGAUCGAGACAACCCAAUGAACUUUUCCGUCCGCAAGAAAUGGAGAAUCACCAUGAUGCUCGCAGCAAUGACGUUCUGCGUAACAUUUGCCUCCUCCGUCUUCAGUUCAGCCACCAGAGCUACAUCAAGGCAUUUUCACGUCUCUCCGGAGGUCAUGGUAUUGGGAGUCAGUCUUUUUGUGCUUGGCUUCUCCUUCGGGCCCCUAUUCUUUGGACCUCUGUCUGAACUCUACGGGCGUCGAAACCCUCUGCUGAUAGGCUAUUUCAUUUUUGCCAUAUUCCAAAUCCCCGUCGCGGUUGCUCAAAAUCUCCAGACUAUCUUCCUCUGUCGAUUCUUUGGGGGUCUCUUUGGCAGCGCGCCACUGGCGAUUGCUGGUGGAGCGCUGGCAGACAUAUUUAACCCUGUUGACAGAGGCGUUGCCAUGGCCGCCUUUGCUGGAGCAACGUUUAUUGGGCCUGUAGCAGGCCCUGUUGUCGGAAGCUUCAUCACGACUUCCAAGCUAGGCUGGCGGUGGACCGAGUACAUCACUACUAUCAUGGCUUUUCUGUUUGGCGCUAUGGGCCUUUUUCUGCUCCCAGAGACCUACGCCCCUGUUCUCCUCUCGCAACGUGCGAAGAAGCUGCGCUACCAGACCCGGGACUGGGCCAUCCAUGCCAGCGUGGAUGAACAAGAAACCGACCUGGAGCAUCUGGUGCACAAGUACCUCUUCCGGCCAUUCUUAAUGCUGGUACUAGAGCCCAUUCUGCUUCUCAUCACCUUGUAUAUGGGAUUUGUGUAUGGUUUUCUCUACCUCAGUCUUCAGUCUUUCGAGAUCGCCUUCCACGAGCGCCGCGGCUGGAAACUGGGCAUUGCCUCAUUGCCCUUUCUGGCUAUCACUUGUGGAGUCUUUAUGGGCUGCGCCAUUAUCAUCGUGCUAACCAAGACUCGCUACCGGCGCAAGAUGAACCAAAACGGAGGCUCCGUACCGGAGGAACGGCUGGUGCCUAUGAUGAUUGGGGGUUUCUUGCUCCCCGCCGGCAUGUUCUGGUUUGCAUGGACCUCAGACCCGCAUAUCAACUGGGUACCGCAGGUUCUCUCGGCGGUGUUGCUCGGCGCGGGCAUCCUACUAAUCUUCUUGCAGGGCCUCAAUUACAUCAUUGACGUCUAUGUUGGCCAUUCAAACUCUGCCCUUGCAGCCAACACGCUAUUCCGAUCCCUGCUGGGCGCAGGGUUUCCCAUGUUUGGAAUUGGCAUGUUCCAUAAUCUCGGCGUAAACUGGGCAAUGACAUUGCUGGGAUGCUUGACUACCGCCUUGUUCCCUGUUCCCAUCUUGUUCUAUAUCUAUGGAAAAAAGAUCCGCAGCUGGAGUCGAUUCACUAAUGGCAAUUCGCCAUGAUCCCGAAAAGGAUCGAUAUUACAUCGUUCCUCGCUUAUUUCACAGAUAUGCCAAUGCGCUAGAGUUGAGAAA